GCAUCACCUUUGUUAUUCUGCCCACCAAGCUAGCAUCAUGAUAGGCGCGCCCCACGUGAAAGUUUUUGUCGUACUUCUAGCACUAGCGACAAGAGCAACCUGUGAAACUGAAGGCAUCUUCGAGGUUAUAGGUGGUUUGCCAUCUGUAACAGCCGUUUACGCAUUACCAACUGAUGUUGCUGGCGAUGAGCUCGAAUGUCUUCAUGCGAACUUGACUGAAUACAACACCGACUCUGGUAAAGCUAUAUAUCGAUGGACUUGGAGAGAUGGCAUGGGAAAUAACAAAACUGCUGACAACUACAUAACCAGGAAACACUCGUCCUAUAUAGUGACCGUUAAAACUUCGAAUGAUCAUGGACAUCCGUUCUUAGCCACUCUACCUUUCUUUGUUGACAAUACCUGCUUUGUACUUGCAAGUGGCAACUUCGGAGGCCCCAGAAUCCAAGAGCCCGAGCCGUGACGUCAUGCAAGCUUCCCACCAGCGGCGUCGCUACAACUUCUCGGACCUAACAGACACCAGCUCGAUGCAUUGUCAAGGCGUCGAUUAUUUCUCUUUCUUUGAGUUGUUACAUCAUGAUAAAAUCGUGGUGCAGACAAACUUUCGGAUGGCAUUGACAGCUGUUUCAAGGAGUAACAAUGUUCCAGGGGUCACUGUUAUGCUUUCAGUUGUAAUGAUGUUCGGAUUAUAACGUAUUGAACCAAGGCGACCUCUUAGGGUCUCUCUGUGUUACUGAGAUACAAUUCACUAGGAAUAAAAAGAACAUGAGGUAUCUUCAUC